GGGGGUUGUGUUGCCUUCUGCAGGUGGGGACUGGUGCCACGGUGGCCACGCUGGCCGACGCCUCCGAGCUGCCCACCACCGUCACCGUCGCGCAGGUCAACUACUCCGCAGUGGCCGACGGCGAGGUGGAGCAGAACUGGGCAACGCUACAGGGGGGUGAGAUGACCAUCCAGACAACACAGGCAUCAGAGGCCACACAGGCAGUGGCAUCCUUAGCAGAAGCAGCAGUGGCAGCAUCUCAGGAGAUGCAACAAGGAGCAACUGUUACCAUGGCACUCAACAGUGAAGCAGCUGCCCAUGCAGUAGCCACGCUUGCUGAAGCCACUCUUCAAGGUGGAGGACAAAUUGUCCUAUCUGGUGAAACUGCAGCAGCAGUAGGAGCGCUUACAGGAGUCCAAGAUGCCAAUGGUAAGAUUAUUCAGACUAAGGUCACAGUGAAUCAGACAGUAAGUUCAUCAAAGGUGGUUCCAGAGAUGAAGCUGGAAGGUGUGAACGUGUCUA